UUAACAAAAGAAACUAAGAGAAAGAAAGUAAUGCAAAAUUUAAUUAAAAACUGUUGGAAUAAAUGCUGCCAAACUUAAAAGCCAAAUUUGCGCCAAACAUAAAUUCUGAAACAGUUGAAUAGGUUCAAAAUUUUGGUGCCAAAAAUUUGGCACCAAAAAACAAGAUUGUGCCAUAAAUUACAAAUUCCCUCCAAAGGUUCAAAAUGCAUUAACUCCUAUAAAUACACUUCAUCUUCCCUAUCUAUGCAGGCCGAUCAAAAAUAGCAAAAUGACUUCCAAAAAAAACAUGACUACACAAGAAAGGCAGUCUGCACUUCUUUUUCUUUUAGAGGGCAGCAAAAAUGGCGAAGUGGCAAGGGAAAAGAUGAAGGCAGCUUGUGUGAAGUUCUCGAAGAGUCACCGCACCAUUAGUCAUAUUUGGGCUGAAGCAACAAACCAAAAAAAUCAAGGUAAAGAAGUUUAUUUUCAAAGUGCAAAGAUUGGAAACAAAAACAGACCAAAAAUGGUGCAUAUUGACAUGGAACUCAUCACAAGCUUAGAGCUAAUAAAGCGGUCCACGAUUAGGAGGUUAGCUCAAGGUAUUGGCUGUUCUAAGAGCACUGUGGGCAGGUGGAUUGCAAGGGGGCUAAUCAAAGCUUACACAUCGGCCAUAAGACCAGACCUUAUUGCUCCGAAUAAGUUGCUAAGGCUUAGAUUCAGUCUAGAGGCUAUAGAGCUUGAUAGAAUAAUGAAUGUGCUAAGGUUCAAGAGCAUGCAUAACACAGUUCAUAUUGAUGAAAAAUAGUUCUAUAUGGCUAAAGGUAUGCAUCGAUUCUACUUAGCUCCAGGAGAGACAGAGCCUCACAGGACUUGCAAGAGCAAGAAGUUCAUCACAAAAGUGAUGUUUAUGUGUGCGGUAUGCAUGCCAAUCUUUAAUGAAGAUGGUUCAGUGUUGUUUUAUGGAAAAAUAGGGAUAUUCCCUUUCACACAUCAAUUUCCAGCACAAAGAGGAAGCAAGAACAUACCAGCAGGCACAUGGGAGACCAAGCCAAUACAGUCUGCCACUAAGGAGGUAGUGAGAGACUGCUUAGUGAAUCAGAUUAUACCAGCUAUAAAAGCCAAAUGGCCUGCCAAUGUAAGCAAACAUAUUUACAUCCAACAAGACAAUGCACGGCCCCAUAUAAGCAACUCAAACCCGAUAUUCAGAGAGGCUGCAGACAAGGAUGGGUUCCACUUUGAAUUGGUACAAAAACCACCCUAACAGCCCAGACACAAAUGUGAAUGAUCUGGGCUGGUUCAGGGUUGUACAAUCCUUACAGACAGAGAAAUCAUGCAACACAGUUGAUGAUCUAGUGUUGGCUGUUCAGGAGUCUUUUGAAGAACUAUCAGCUCAUACCUUAAAUAAUGUUUUCUUAUCACUACAGGGGUGUAUGAUCGAAAUUAUGAAGGUAAGAGGAGAGAACUGCUACAAGUUGCCACACAUGAGAAAAUGGGUUUUGAUGAGAGCAGGCACACUGCCUUUGAACUUGGAAGUUGAUGUAGAUUUGGUCAAGCAAGCAUUAACACAUUUAGGGCACAUGGGAACCACUCAGGGCAUGGAUAUACUCCAAGAAACACAUGGAUUUUGAAUGGUUCAUGAUGCAAAUGAUGAAGAUGCAAGCUUUUUGAAGAUGUGAAUGCACAUUUUCCACUUUUUGAAGAUAGCUUUUUUUGUAGUGAAGAUGCAAUGUAAGCAUAUUUCCUAUGGUUUUUUGUAAAUGCAACUAUAUGUAAUUGCAUCUCUGGAUUUUUAAUAGAAAUGCAAAGUGUUUAUGUUUCCUCAA